UGAACAGGACGUAAUGAAUGAACAGCAGCAAUACAGAGGUCGACUUCGCCUAAGGCGUUCAAACAUGACCCACAUCGAAAGGGCUCGAGCUCGGACACUCCGAAUGACCAUUACAAUCGUCUUGGCUUUUUUCUGGUGCUGGACUCCGUAUGUGGUCAUCGUCCUGUGGUACCAGAUUGACCUGGACUCUGCUAAGGAGCUGGCCACCGAGAUCCAGUCGGCAUUAUUCAUGUUUGCCGUUUCCAACUCGUGCGUCAACCCUCUAGUGUACGGAAGUUAUGCCUUUAACUUCCAGAAUGUCUUCAGAGUUUGCUGUUCUUCUGCUUCUACUUGCCCAACGAUCUUCUCUCGCCGCUCAUCUGGAAGAACCUUCUCUUCCAACAUCACCAGAGCCACCCACGUGGAAGCCAAGCAAUGCGGAAUGGCUAUGAAGGAAAACGGUCAUCCUAUUGCCGCACCCCAAGUGCUCAAUUCCUGUCAGUGUCGUUCAACAGUCAACGCUGAGUCUCCGGGUUGUACGACUGAAAGAAGUUACGUCUAGUAAAUCAAACAGUCGCAAGUAAAAUAAUAUCUGACUCGACUGAUUGAUACUUUAAACUUAACCAGUGUUUAAUCUGAGACCUUUCAAAAGAUCAAAAACAGAA